AUGUUUGAGCCUUGUAUGGGUGAUGACAAUCGUUGUUCAUCAAAUCUUAGUGUAUGCAUUGUUAAUAGCUGUUGUCCAACUUCAAUUUGCAUGCCGUUUGCACUAAAUCACUCGUGUACUGAUGAUCAAUCAAUGGAUACAGGGUCUUCCAACACAACGCCAGCAUUACCAACAGCACCAGAAUUAGGUUCACAAACAUCUGAACGACCAAGAACACCAAUAUUAUAUUCAACGAUGCUGACACGACUAAUGUCGUCAACAUUCGGUUCACGAACAUCAGCAUCAGUAACAUCAUCAGUAUCAGGUAUGAGAGCAUCUGCAGGACCAUCCUCAAUGCCACCAGCAACACCAUCAGUACCAAGUCCAAGAGCAUCGGCAGGCCCAACCUCAAUACUAUCAGCAACGCCAUCAGUAUCGGGUUCAAGAGCACCUACAGGACCAUCUUCAAUGCGACCAGCAACAACGUCAGUGUCAGGUUCGAGAGCAUCUGCAGGACCAUCGUCAAUGCUACCAGCAACGUCAUCAGUAUCAGGUUCAAGAGCAUCUGGAAGACCAUUCUCAAUGCCAUCAGAAACGUCAUCGGUAUCGGGUUCAAGAGCGUCUGCAGGCCCAUCUUCAAUGCCUCCAGCAACUACAUUAAUAUCAGGUUCGAGAGCAUCUGCAGGACCAUCGUCAAUACCAUCAGCAACAUCAUCAGUAUCCGGUUCAAGAGCAUCGGCAGGACAAACCUCAAUGCCAAAAGCAACGUCAUUAGCAUUAGGUUCAAGAGCAUCUGCAGGACAAACCUCAAUGCCAAUAGCAACGUCAUCUGUAUCCGGUUCAAAAGCAUCGGCAGGACCAUCGUCACUAAAAUUAGAUACGAUAAUGUCUCCAGUAGCAUCUUCAAUGCCACCAGCUGUGACUUCGGGUGGUUUAUUAACUUCUCCCACAUCCGCAACAUCAAUGGCUACUGUUACUCCAGGAUGUACAUGGUCAGCAUGGGAUAAUGGUUCAUGCAGUGUCACAUGCGGUACAGGAGUAUAUAGCAGACACCGUGUUUGUCUUGAUGCAAACCAUGGUGUAUGUAAUACUUGCGGACAAAACUCUACAAUGACUGGUACUAGACCAUGUUUCUAUCCAAAUUGUCAAUGA